UUACCCGAGACCAGCUCUUCUCAUAUAAAUACUCCUCCAAGAAGGGGUUCCACGACGAACACGUGGCUGCUGUCUUUGUCCUCUCAUUCUUCCCGAUCGCUCCUAGGGUUUCGUUCUCUCCCUUGUAUCUUCUCGAUUCCCUGCGACGAGAUCGCAAUUAAGGAAUUUCGGUCGCCGAUAAGAACGCUUCCGGCAAGAUUUUGAUGGAAUUUUAGGGGAUUUCGGCUCUUUGGUGGAAUCCCGGCGCGGAUUAUUUCCCUGCGACCAUGUUUAUUAUAGAUUGGUUUUACGGAAUCCUCGCCUCGCUGGGACUGUGGCAGAAGGAGGCCAAGAUCUUGUUUCUUGGACUUGAUAAUGCCGGGAAGACGACGCUGCUUCACAUGCUCAAGGAUGAGAGGUUGGUCCAGCACCAGCCAACGCAAUAUCCGACGUCGGAAGAGCUGAGCAUCGGGAAGAUCAAGUUCAAGGCCUUUGAUCUGGGUGGGCAUCAGAUCGCUCGGCGUGUCUGGAAGGAUUACUAUGCGAAGGUAGAUGCUGUGGUUUACUUGGUAGAUGCAGCUGACAAGGAAAGGUUUGCUGAGUCAAAGAAGGAGCUCGAUGCACUCCUCUCGGAUGAUUCGCUCGCAAACGUGCCAUUCCUUGUAUUGGGUAAUAAGAUCGACAUACCAUAUGCAGCAUCUGAAGAUGAGCUACGCUACCACUUGGGCUUGAGCAACUUCACUACCGGUAAAGGGAAGGUGAAUCUGGCUGACACCAACGUCCGCCCCUUGGAGGUCUUCAUGUGCAGCAUUGUCCGCAAGAUGGGCUAUGGAGAGGGCUUUAGAUGGAUGUCGCAGUACAUCAAGUAGUCGUGCUCGUCCCAACUAUUUGAGGUUAGCAGCAGACACGUUGCGGACUCCAAAACAAAAGAGCCCAUGGUGUUUUUGGCCAUCGUCCUUUGGCAGGUUCUUGUUAAAACCGUCUAUUAUGCCAGCUUUUAUUGGUUUCAUUGUGGUGUUGAAGGAACAAGCAUGUUCGAUGAUAUAGUUAAUCGUUGAUGAUAACAUGGUAGAAUUGGAAUGUUUUCACGUUCA